AUGACAGGAACAGAAAUAACGAUUGAUAAUAUUGCAUAUGCAAAAAUUUUUAUGCAUGCUUUGAAAAAUUCCUAUGAUGAUGUGUGUGGAGUAUUAAUAGGAAAAUAUUAUAAUUCAGAAAAUAAUAAAAAAAAAUGUGUUAUAAGUAAUACUGUUCCAUUAUUUCACACACAUAUAUUGUUUGCAUUUUUAAGUUUGGCAUUUACAAUGAUUGAGAAAAAUUGCCAAGAGACUGGUGAACGAAUUAUAGGAUAUUAUCAUAUUAGUGCUGAUGAUUCUAAAAAUGAUCAUAUAAGUAAUAUAAAAAUAUGUGAUAUAAUUUCAGAUACCUUAAUAAAAAAUUGUAGCGAUGCACUAAUAUGCUUAGUAAAAAUUUCUAAAUUAAAGGAUGAUGAAGACAACUGUAUAAAGGCAUUUAGGCAAGAAGGAAAUGGAAAAUUGAAAAAUGAAAAAAUACAAAUAUCUAGUAAAAACAAGGAAUUUUUAAAGAAAAGUAUCUCAAACCAUGAGUAUUUGAAUAUCCACGAUUUUGAUGACCAUUUAAAUUGCAUUAAUUGUGAUUUUAUGAACCCCAACUUAUUUAAAGAUAUUUCUUAA